AUGGCCGCGCCGCAAGGAGGUUAUCCACCUCCCAAUGACCAGCAGGGCUACGGCCAGCCGUAUGGCGCACCGCCCGCCGACGCACCCCAAGCCAAUGCACCUCCACAAGGCAGCACGCACCCAGCCGGAGGCCCUACGCACGGCGGUAAGAAAAAGAGAGCCUAUGCGGGGCAGGCCUUCGAGUUCGGAUCCGGUGCGAAUGCCGCGUUGGGAGGGCAACUGGCCGGAGGUGGUGCUUAUGGGGGAUAUCCCGCGCCACCACAACCGCAGGGUUAUCCAUCGGCUCCAUAUCCUGGCCAACCAGCUCAGCAAGCUCCGGAGACAUACCCCGCGGGGGAACAGAUGAGCAUGGGAGGCUAUCAACCGCCGGCACCGGGCUAUCCUGUUCCUCCGGCCGGGGAUAUGAGCCAGAUCACACAACAAAUGGGACAGAUGAGUAUGGGGGGUCAGAUGCAGGGCCGGGCGCCAGCACCAGUCUCAUUAACCCAGCUCUACCCGACGGAUCUGUUGGCUCAGUCGUUCAAUGUUGCAGAGCUUGAUUUUAUACCGCCGCCAAUUGUCCUCCCGCCAAACGCUAGCGUUACUCCCUCUCCAACAGCAAAUUGUCCGCCCAAAUACGUCCGCUCCACCCUCAAUGCUGUUCCGACCACCAAUUCCCUGCUGAAGAAAUCCAGACUACCCUUCGCGCUCGUAAUUCAACCGUUCACAUCUCUACAUGAUGCAGAAGAUCCGGUCCCAGUUGUGUCAGAUCAGAUUAUUUCAAGAUGUCGACGAUGCCGCUCGUAUAUCAACCCCUUCGUCACCUUCCUCGACCAUGGCCACCGUUGGCGUUGCAAUAUGUGCAGCUUGACUAAUGAUACUCCACAAGGGUUUGAUUGGGAUACCCACGCGCAACAAGCACUUGAUAGAUGGCAACGACCUGAGCUCAACCAUGCCGUUGUGGAAUUCGUGGCCCCUCAGGAGUACAUGGUCCGACCACCACAGCCUUUGGUGUAUUUGUUCCUGAUCGAUGUGAGCUACUCCUCCGUUACUAGCGGGCUGUUGGCAACCGCUGCGCGAUGCAUUAAGGAGAGUUUGGAUAGGAUACCAAACACGGAUCGUCGCACGAGACUCGGCUUUAUCGCAGUCGAUUCCAGUCUUCAUUAUUUCACAAUUCCGAGAGACGGCUCGGAAAGUUCCGAUCCAAGUAUGCUCGUUGUUAGUGACUUAGAUGAGCCGUUCUUGCCAAUUCCAGGCGACCUCCUGGUUACGUUGACGGAGUCUAGAGAGAAUAUUGAAAUCUUCCUCGAUAAGCUCCAGGAGAUGUUCCAGAAUACCCAGAACGGUGGAUCUGCCAUGGGCUCUGCACUUCGCGCUGGUCAUAAGCUUAUCGGCCCUGUGGGAGGUAAACUCACUGUUCUAACCGCAUCACUUCCCAACAUGGGCCAUGGAGCGCUCGAAGUGAGAGAGGACAAAAAGGUCUUGGGUACCAGCAAAGAAAGUAGUUUAUUGCAAACAGGUAAUAGCUUUUACAAGAGCUUUGCCGUUGAAUGCUCAAAACAACAGAUUUCCGUCGACAUGUUUUUGUUUUCCUCGCAAUAUCAAGACGUUGCUUCUUUGAGCAACCUUCCCAGGUACACUGGCGGACAAACUUAUUUCUAUCCAGGGUGGAAUGCUGCUAGAAGCGAGGAUGCUAUUAAAUUUGCUCAAGAAUUCUCGAGUUACCUCUCCGCCGAAAUUGGUCUGGAAGCUGUUCUUCGCGUACGUGCAACGACUGGUCUAAGGAUGAGCACGUUUUACGGCAACUUUUUCAAUCGAAGCUCGGAUCUUUGCGCUUUCCCCGCGUUCCCUCGUGAUCAAGCGUAUGUCGUUGAGGUCGCUAUCGAUGAGACCGUCAACAGAUCGGUUGUGUGCCUCCAAACGGCCGUGUUGCAUACAACAUGCAACGGCGAGCGAAGGAUCAGAGUUCUAACUUUGGCUCUGCCCUCCACUCAAUCAUUGGCCGACGUGUAUGCAGCUGCGGACCAGACCGCGAUUGCGACGUACUUCAGUCACAAAGCCGUGGAGCGAACCUUGAGCAGUGGGCUGGAACAGGCUCGAGAUGCUGUUCAAGCGAAAAUCAUCGAGCUAUUGUCAACGUAUAGGAAAGAACUUGCUGGCGGAAGUGUCAGCGGCGGUGGUUUGCAGUUCCCAUCGAAUCUUCGUGGAUUGCCUCUUCUCUUCUUAGCACUGAUCAAGAAUCUUGGGCUUCGAAAAUCUGCGCAGAUACCAACCGAUAUGCGGUCUGCCGCUCUUUGCCUGCUGUCCACAUUGCCACUUCCACUGCUCAUUCAAUACAUUUACCCUAAAAUGUAUUCGCUUCAUGACAUGCCAGAUGAUGCUGGAGUGCCCGAUCCAGAAACGGGAGAAAUUGUUUUGCCGCCACUCUGCAACCUCUCGUCUGAGCGCUUGGUUCCAUAUGGCCUAUAUCUUAUUGACGAUGGCCAGACACAAUUUCUCUGGGUGGGACGAGACGCGAUUCCUCAGCUCAUUCAGGACGUGUUCGGAUUUCCAGACAAGUCUCAGCUCCGUGUUGGAAAACAAUUUCUCUCUGAACUGGACAAUGACUUUAACGAGAGAGUAAGGGCAGUUAUUCAAAAGAGCCGAGACUUCCGUAGCCGCGGUGUGGGGAGCAUUGUUGUGCCUCAGCUUUACAUUGUCAAAGAAGAUGGAGAGCCUGGUCUCAGGUUAUGGGCACAAUCGAUGUUGGUGGAGGAUCGUGCAGACCAAGGGCUUAGCUUGCAACAAUGGAUGGCCCUGCUCCGGGACAAGGUAUGCUUUCUCAGCCUUUCAUUGUCUGGACCGUCUGUGUCGCUAACUCUAGCUAUUCCAGGUUAUUCAAUAAUGAAUGUUCUUAGAAUAGUUUCAUCAAUCAAAUGCAUAUUCAGGAUUACAUAA